UUGAUAUAUAAUAUAUAUUUCUGGGUGAAUGUUAACUGAAAGAUAUUUUAUGUGAAUUGUUGCCAUUCUCCAAUGCAACUAUUAGGAACUAUUCUUGUGUAAAAACAAGCAAGUAAAAAUUUAAGUCAUAGCAAUCUGAGUUAAAGUUACAUUCGUUGAUAUCAGGAAUGCCAUCAAAAAAGAAAAAGUACAAUGCACGGUUUCCAGCGGGUCGCAUUAAGAAAAUUAUGCAGAGUGAUGAGGAAAUUGGUAAAGUUGCACAAGCGGUUCCUGUUAUCAUAUCACGGACUUUGGAGUUGUUUGUGGAGUCACUUUUAACUAAAACGCUGCGUAUAACAAAUUCACGCAACGCUAAGACUUUAUCUCCAUCCCAUAUGAAACAGUGCAUUAUGUCUGAGCAACGAUUCGAUUUCCUAAAAGAGCUCGUUAAAAACAUACCAGACAUUAGUGUCGCCGAAGAAGCGGCGUUUAAUUACAAUGACGAUGAUGUACAGAGCUCCGAAGAACAAUACCCAGACUCAGAUACACCAUAUGACCUUAGUCUGCCGUCAACAUCACUGCGAGCGUUACCCAAUGGAAACAGUUCUUACGUGCGUUCUGUUAGUUUAAAUGGAGGCGGACAGAAACGAAACUACAAUCCAUCCACACCCUCAGUUAUAGUGCAGACAGCAGCAGCCUUGGCACAGAUUCGGCAUCAUGCUGGACAUUUGCCCACAAAGUUAGCACGGUCUGAAUCAUCGCCUGCGUACACUCCGCGUGGAAAACCCAACGACACCAAUGACCACUACAAUAGAAGAAUACCACAAGACACUGCCAUAGCUCCACCGAUAUGCAACUACGAGUUGCUCAACAAACCUAUAGUUAAAAUCGAUUAUAGCAACGUCCAAAUGACAACGACAAUAUGCCCAACAGACGGCGAUAAUGGCAGCACUUCAAAUGCCAUGCUAAACGUUAAUAUUGCACCCCCGGUUAUAAACAUUGAUCUUACAAAUAUUGUAGCAACUGGUGCGGUACCGUCGCCAACAAAGAUUAGCUAUGGAAUAUUGUCGGCAGAUAAAACCAAUGUGAUUGGAAAUAAUAAUAAUUCAAUCACUAAAUUUGAAUCGUCGGUUAAUUAUAUGGCUGACAAGAGCAAAACUCCAAACAUUCCAAAGGCUACUUCGGCAUCAGCGCCAAUAAGUGGAUCGCUUUUCGAAUUAGAUGAAGAUUACGACAAUAUUUAAGUAGAAUUUUUAUAAAUGCGCUUUUAAAUUAUUACAAUAUUAUGUACAUUAGAUUUAAGCGAGCAAAAUAAUGAUUUGGCAAAUAAAGACCAUGUUGGAUUUUAAGCUCUG